UAUAGCUCUUCUCAUGUAUGAGAAAACUUUUGUUUAACGCCGCGUGCUUGAGCGAUUAAUUCGAUCAAACGCGGUCAUCGCGACAGGGACGUUGAUUUUUUUUACUCACAAAUAUUUGGAUAAAUUAUUUAUGAGUAAGAAACUGGCGACACACUCUGGUUUUCCUCUCGCGUUGACGUAAACCCUCGAAUGAAUCAGGAAGUCCGGGUUUGUGAUUUUUUUUUUCUAAGUCGGUUCUUGAAAAAGUAAACUUGAAUCAUACCGGUGGACACGUCGCAUUUAUAUUGAUAUAAUGAAUAGCCAGAUUGGUGAAAUGACACAUUUUAGUUGACUGAUGUAGUUUACGUCAUUGUUACUUACGCGUUGACUUAUUUUUGGCCGUCAUUCGUCACCCGGAACACCUGAAUUUGCACUUUGCGAGGUGAGAGGGAUGGAUGUUCCUCAUCUCACUGAAGAUGAAAUGGCAGACAUUAAAAAGGACGUGCUGACCAGACUGCGACACUACCUCUGUGACAAGAUCAGGGCUGAGCGUCACCUCGACUACCUGCGCUCUCGCAGGAUCCUGACGCGGGACGAUGCAGAGGACAUUAGCUGCAGGACCACGCAGACCAAGAGGACGGCCACAAUGCUCGACAUCCUUGCUGAAAACCCCCGGGGCCUGGAUGCCUUGAUUGACUCCAUCAGGGAGAUGCGCACACAAAACUUCAUCGUCACCAAGAUCACAGAUGAGGUUCAAAAGGCCAAAAAUGAGAAGAUGGAGUCUCUCAGAGAUGCUUGCAGUUCCUCAUCUGACAGUAACCUCAGCUCUCUAAGCACAACCAGCGACCUCCCAACAUCGUUUUCAAAUAACUCCACUAUGCUUUUCCACCCAGAGGGAGAACAGAGCUCCUCCACCUCCUCAGACGUCGCACGCUCACUUAAUCUGCCGUCAUUACAGAAAGGGGGAGACCUGUCCUCUGUGGCAAGUGCUAGCAUCCAUGUAGUUUCCUCCUCAACCUCUUCCAGCCUCCCAAGGCCUGGGGACCCUGGAGCUCCCCCGCUGCCGGAUGAAGUGGUGGUAGAAUCCCCCUCCAGCAUAGAUGUGGCAUCACCGGGUUGCACCAGCAGUGGAGGUGACCCAAACUUCCAGCCCCUGCGGUCGCGCUCGCUCACUCCGAUGUCACAAAAGAACAUCUUUUAAAUUCUCAUCUGAAGGACCCCGUUUAGACCUGGUAAUAACAGCUGCCGUAGGUGAUCCGAUCAUGAGUGCACCUGAAUGUGUCCUCAAAUCCCACGAUAAAAAUCACAUGGUGCUCACAUUUGUUUGACCCAUGGUAGUUUCCCAGUAUUUUGCACUCAUCAGCAUCCAAACAAUUUAUUUGCAGCUGCCGGUGGUGUAGCGUGUUCUACUGUAGUGAAAAUACUCCCCACACAGCGCUUCACUAGCCCUGCACACUAAUGCGUCACAGAACCAAGGUGAAAUUAAAUGGAAGCAAGUAUACUCACAACAGGGACACACACACAUACACACGCACACACACACACAUUCUGUGUCCCAUUUAAGGGGCUAGAGACGGAGUCGACCUCACACUCCAGAGGACCCGGAAGUCAGGCACUGUGAAAUGAAAUGGUCCAGUCUACCCACCCCACUGGUUACGCCACCAAUCCUUCUUCUUCUGAUGAAUUGGUGGUACACUACACUUACCAGUUAUAUCACCAAUUUUUCCCUCUCAAAGCUUUCUAGGCUUCUCAUUAACUCAUACUUGGCCAAAAGAGCGAUAAAAACAUUUGAAAUAUUCAUUUUUGUAGCUAUAGUUGUAGAACUUGUUCCCUGCCGCACAACGACCAUCUGCCAUCUUGCUUGUGUUGGAAUGGUCUGCCACUGGUGCACUAAGAAUUCUGAGAUAUGGUUGUCUGUGAAGGAUCCAUCAGACGUAUCCUUUGCAGCCAAGCUAACGUCAGCCAUGUGUGUCAGCCGCAUUCGCAGGAGUUGAGGAGGUCCAUUUGAAAUGGGACACCCAGUCGACAAAGCCACACUCUGGAGGCUCCGGCACCCUAACUGGGACACAGCUACUCUGAGAAACAUGCUGAUAGCAUUAUUUUGUUCUCGCCCAGAUGUGAGCAUCUGCAGUCACAGAGGACACACCCAGACCAAAGUGGCAAAGUGUGAACAGACAUACCUGUCGCUUUCCACAUGUGAUUGGAUCACUGAGGAUGACUGUUAAUACCAGGUCUAAAAAAAAGGCCACCAACACAGUUUUCAAUUAUUAAAGGGGACACGCUCAUUGUCAUAAACCACUUAACUCUACACAAACUCUCAUUUUUGUGUUUUUAGUGUUGCUCCUGCCUGUGAUUAGGCAGUUUGUGAGAUAUUGAUGAUACAGAUUAUCACUAUAACAAUCAGCUCUGUGGAGAGAACUUUGAGACAUGCCUUGUGUGCUUAGUUUUAGUAUGAGGCCAAAAUAAUAAUACUUUAGUUCUUAUAUAUAUAUAUAUAUAUGUUCUUAUAGUUAUGUAUAUCAAAUAUUGAAUGUCAAUAUGUUUAUAAUGAGCUGCUGCCUGUGCAUUUUCUAUAAUCAACAUUAAAGUGGGUACUCAAAAUA